AUGGCACCAAUCGGCGUUGGAAUAAUCGGCCUCUCAGCCUCAGGUUACUCCUGGGGAGUGUCUGCCCACCUUCCCUACCUCAAAGACUCUUCAAAAUACAAAAUCACUGGUAUCUGCAAUUCAUCAGCCGAGUCCUCGCAAAAGGCAGUCGAAGCCCACAACCUCACAGACGCAAAAGCAUAUGGCUCUCCUGCAGAGAUGGCAGCAAGCUCUGAUGUUGAUCUUGUUGUCUGCUGUGUUAGAGUUGAUCGUCACUACGAAGCCAUCAAACCUGCUCUUGAAGCUGGAAAGGACUGUUUUGUGGAGUGGCCAUUGGCUUCAAACUCUGAGCACGCUAAGGAACUACUUCAACUUGCUGAGAAAAAGGGUGUUAAGACUAUGAUUGGCUUACAGGGACAGAUGAGUCCUGUUCUCAGUCGUGUCAAGGAACUCAUCGAGAAGGACAAGGCGAUUGGCCGUAUCAUCAGUUCGAACGUCACUCUGGCUGGUAUGCUAGGCACCAAGGAAACCACAGAGGCACAUGAAUACCUCAAUUCCGCUGAGAUUGGUGGUAACAUGUUGGUCAUUCCCUUCGGUCACUUAUACGAUGCCGUAAGCUACACUCUCGGCGAACUCAAGGAUGUUUCUUCGACACUGUCGGUGCAGUAUCCAGAUGUGCCGGUCAAGUCUGCCGAUGGCUCAAAGGUCGUGAGAACGACCAAGCGUACUGCUGCCGAUCAUAUCACAAUGUCUGGUCUUCUAUCCAAUGGCGCACAUUCUUCAGCGACCGUAACCGGCGGUCAAGCUUUCAUGGACGACUCAGGCAUAGUAUGGAAAAUCGAGGGUGACAAAGGUGUUAUCGAAGUUCGUGGAAAAGAACCUUUCGCUCUGAGCAUGUCACUAGACAUCAAGAUCAGAAUGCAGCUUUUUGAGACUGGAGAGACCAAGGAAAUUGAGUUUACUGAGGAUAAGCCGGGUCCUCCUGGUAAUGUUGGAAGACUUUAUGAGGCUUUUGCUGAUGGUCAGUAUUAUCCUGAUUGGAAGUGGGCUGUUAAGCGUCAUGCUUGGGUGGAUGCUCUGUACAAGAGCAACGAUGAGGGCAAGCGCGUUUCCUACGUCUGA